CGCGCGGCGAGCGGGCCGGAGCGGACCCGAACGCGGCAGCAGCUUGUGGUUGGCUGACGCUGCCGCGCUGUUUGGUUGGGCUCUUUUCCGUUGAGCAGCAGCUGGCGCUUGGGUUCGCGCUUCGGUGGUGGAGUGAGCACCAUGGAUUCCCCUCCAGGAAUGUCCCCCACCUCCAAAAGAUUGGCAGCCCCCCGUGUCUCCUCCAGAUAUACCAAUUCUCCAACUCCAAGUCAGGGGGAUUCUACUCCUCUCCCUUCCAUCAGUGAGCGCCUGGCCUUCCUCCGUCCCUCCCGGGAGCUGCUGGAAUACUAUCGCAAGAAGAUCGCUGAGUUUGAUGAAGAACACGAGGACCUUUUGAGAAGGCUAGAGAGAUACAAAGGAACAUAUGAUGAGCAGCACAAACUACAGUGGGAAAUGCGUCAACGGGAACAGGAGAUUGCAGAGUUACAGAAGGCUUUGAGUGACAUGCAAGUUUACCUCUUCCAGGAGAGGGAACAUGUGCUGCGCCUCUAUGCUGAGAAUGACCGGCUGAAAAUCCGGGAGCUGGAAGACCGAAAAAAGAUUCAGCAUCUCUUGGUUUUGGUGGGAACAGACACAGGAGAAAUUACCUAUUUUCAUAAGGAGCCUCCACACAAGGUCACCGUUCCUCAAAAACCAGUCAAAUCCAGGGAUCCACAUGAACGGAGCGAUACUUACACUUCCAGAACAGCCGGCACUAAAAGAAGCACAUCAAAGCCAGCAGCAAAAGGAGAGAAACCAGAAAGUCCUGAGAGAUAUCACAGAGACAAUCAAACACUCUUACUGCAGGUGGAGGCCCUGCAGGCUCAGAUGGAAGAGCAGACCCGGUUAUCCAAAGAGCAGCUUGAUGCACUGCUAGAGGACAGGCGGAUUCACAUAGAGGAAGUGCAGGUCCAGCAUCAGAGGGACCAGGACAGGAUCAAAACCCUAACAGAUAAGCUCCAUCAGACUCAAAACCUGCUGUAUGAGAGUACGCGUGACUUCCUUCAGCUGAAGUUCGAUGCACGAGCCAAUGAGAAAUCAUGGAUGGCAGAGAAGGACUGUCUGCUGAGGAAGCUUGAUGUAAGCAGGGAUCAGCUUAUCAGCAGGGAGCCAGAGAGAGAGAAGAAGAAGGAGAGAGACAUCAAGCCAAUUUCUCAAGCAGAGAGUGAAAUUUGGAAAGCACAGAGUGGAGAACUCAAGUCCUUACAGGAGCAGCUAACACAGGCGCACCGAUUGGCAGAUAUGUACCGAGAACAGUGUGUUGCUCUGGAGGGUGAGUUGGCUAGAAUUCGUGAAGAAGGAGAUGUUGGCCAAGAGCUUUUCAAGGAGCGCUCAGAGAAGAUGGGGAAGCGUUUGCAGCUAAUGACCCAACGAUAUGAGGCCCUGGAGAAACGGCGUAGCAUGGAGGUGGAGGGCUUCAAGAAUGACAUCAAGCAACUUCGGCAGAGGUUGAAGGACAUAGAGAAACAGCUCUUCAAGGUGACCAUGAACAUUGGACCAGACCAGGACCUCGCAAUUCUGCAUGAGGUCCGCCAAGGGAACAGACGAACCCGGAAAAUUCAAGGGGAGCUAAGAAACCUGAAGGCAAAAAUCUACGGCUUGGAGAACGAGCUACGGAUUUGCUGACACAGAUGCAUCACCCAGCACAAUGGUGCACAGAACAUGGCCAGUGCUAGGCAAGGAAGGUCACAUUUUCAAGAAAAACUUUCAUAAAUCUGCUUUCCAGCAUCCUGUGACAGAAACUUAAUAACACGUAACCUGCUGUGAAUCAAGGGUAUAUCAGUGUGCUGUGGGGCUUGGAUAGUUUGUGGAAAUUAAUGCUAGGUUGUGUGUGGGGGGGGAAUUCCUUUCAUCUUAGCAUGCCUUGCUCUACUGCCCUUUCCUAGUAGAUGAGAUCAUUUGUAGACUGUAUCGAAGUCAUCUUGUAACUUCUAUAGUGUUUCCAUAGGACAUGUUUACAGCCUCUAGGCACCUUCACCUACUAUUAGCACAGGGCAAAACGUACUGCUGUCCAGAAUGCAGCCGAACACAACAAAAGCUACAUGUGUAACUGAUAAUCAUGGAGAGGAACUAAUCCUCCAGGACUCAAAUAUUCUCUCCUGAUGCUGUUCAAGAAGCGAGGGACUGUAUAAGGCCCUGUUCUACAGUCAUGGGAACUGUAUUAAGAGAAGCCGUUUUUAAACAAAGACUAAACAUUAUUAUGAUGUCUAAUGCCCCCAGGACAUAAUUUGCAUUUUCUAAACUAGAUCCCUACUUCAUCUAGAAAGUGUCUAUUUAAUUCUGCCUAAACACUCUGAAAUCCUAUAUAUCCUGGGCAGCAUAAGCGUGUUUUCAAAUUGCUUCUGUUCUCAUGAUUCUCUGCCAGCCUGGACAGGCCAGAAAGGGAAACAGUCACAUUAUAAAGAUCCUUCUUUUGUGAGAUUUUCAUCUCAAACCUCCACAACCUUCUCUUACCCCCCACUCCAAAGCUGUGUUCCCUCUAACACUUUUUUCACUAAAAGGUCCCACUGAAGGCACCAUCAGUUCAUCUCCACCAGUGGCGGAAGUCCUGAUAUAGACCAGCCAUUGCCUUUUUAACUGCCAAUGUUGUCUAACCCUACAGCUCUGAACAACACGAUAGUUAAACUACUAGCAGCCACUGGCACCUCUGACUGCUGCUGGAUAUAAAUGGGCAGUAACAAUGGUGGAAAACUUUUGAAGGAGCAUAAAGGCUAGAGCAGAUGAGGCCAAAGAGCUUGUCUCUACUAUAAAUACAACCCUGGUUGCAUUACCCUUGUCCCCAAACCAGGUAACAAGAUGAUUUCAGUUUGGAGCAUAGGCUAGACCUUGGCGGUGGUUUGUAACUAGUCUAAAGCCUAGUUGUAUUUGCAGGGUAUAUAGUCCUUUACUUGUAAUGCAGCAUAUUGCAACUUGAACUCCCCACCUUACCUCCUACGCACAAACUAAGGGAAGAAGACUUACCGUGUUUAUAAAGAUGUCUCAGUGCCUUGAUGGAGUUUCUUGCUGUAACCCUAUACCAUUCUUGCCAAAUGUGAUGUCAGAAAGCUGAUCCCUUUCUGGGAUCUCUGGCAUACUCCACCAGGGCUCCUGAUUUUUUUUUUUUAAUUAAUUUUAUUUUUGUACUGGACAAAGAAUCAAUUUUUGUGAUUUUAAUUUUUGUAAUCCAGACUUUUAAAAUUAAAAAUGAAGUUGGAA